GGCAGACAGGAAGUACUAGUGCUGCUCUUGUGUUAGUAAAGUCGAGCUGAACUAGUCAUGGACUGGGAUUAUUAUGCACCCUUACUAGAGCUGAAGUUGAUGAGUUCUCCCAGUCUCAGUGAUUUGGGUCGAUCCGAGAGAUCAGCGCUGGACGACAGAAACAACCAGCAGCACCGAGCAGGAACCAAUGCCACCUGGAACAGCAUCCAUAAUGCCGUGGUCGCUGUGUUCCAGCGGAGGGAUCUGGGAGAGAAUGAGCUCUAUGUGCUGAAUGAAGGCGUGAGGCAGCUCCUGAAGACUGAGUUGGGCUCUUUCUUCACAGAAUAUCUGCAGAAUCAGCUGCUAACGAAGGGAAUGGUGAUUCUGAGAGACAAGAUUCGCUUUUAUGAAGGUCAGAAGCUGCUGGAUUCUGUGGCAGAAACGUGGGACUUCUUCUUCUGUGAUGUUCUGUCCACGCUGCAGGCCAUCUUCUACCCUGUUCAGGGUAAGGAGCCGUCCGUCCGUCAGCUGGCUCUGCUGCACUUCAGGAACAUCAUCACUCUCAACAUAAAGCUGGAUGAUGCUCUGACUCGACCACGGGCUCGUGUACCACCCUCCAUCAUUCAGAUGCUGCUCGUCCUGCAGUCGGUGCAGAUGUCUCUGGCGCAGCGGGUCCUCCUCACCUGGAUCUUCUCGCUCCUCUUCCUCGUGCUGCUGGUUCUGAAGCUGGACGGGAAGGUCCGCUGGAGCUGGUUCCUGGUCUUCCUGCCCGUCUGGGUGUUUGAUGGCGCUCUGCUGCUGAUGCUGGUCGUGAGGAUGGCGGGCCGCUGUCGGACCGGGCUGGACCUGCGGCUCAAGCUCUGGUAUCUGCUGGCUCUGAUGAUGAAGGUGGGCUUCUGUGUGACGCUGUGUGCCCGGCUGGAGCAGCUGACCCACCUGAGACUGCUGAUCGUGUGUGUGCCGCUCUGGACACUGCUGACUGGAGCCCUGAUCCAGCUGGGCUUCCACGUCCUGUCCCCGCACACCAUCUGACACACACACACACACACACACACACACACGAUGGUGUUUGUGGUUCACUCUCCAUAGGUGUGAUGUUUUUAUACUGUACAGACUGUAUGUGUUGCUGUCCUUACUACUGACAUUAUUUUGAUUUUCCAAAAAAAAACACCAUUUUUUAAAGCCUUUUAAAUAAUGGGGACAGUGUCAGCGUCCUCAUAAACCACCUUCAGACUGUAACACAUCCGUCAUACACAUGUCAUUAAAUCAAUCAAUAAAUCACUUUUAUUUAUACAAAGCACUGGACAGUAUCAAAUAGGAGAAGAGAGUAAUGUAUAACAACUAGAUUAAACACUUAAUUAUUUUUUAUGAAACUCACCUGUGUCCCCAUAAACCACAAAAACCAGCACGCGCUGAACACACACCGACACAGGUGGCCAAAAUGAUUAGAACGCUAGUGUUUUCAGUAGCUAGGAAAGAGUUUCAGGUGCGUAUCUUUCUCGAAGCGCCUCCGUUCUUCUGGGUUUGUUCUGCUUCUUCAUGUCGUACCUGACCUCUGUGGAGCAAACACUAAUCUCACUGGAAAUCAGUGCUUUGUUUGGAAUUAUGAACUGAUAUUUCUACUGACACACUACAGCAGAAGAUAGAAAUAACUGAAAAAUAAUCGUCUUGUAACUGCUGAGAGCUCUAGUGAUGGGAUAGUUCUGGUCAGUGCUGUUUGGAGACUCUUCAGAGUUUCUACAGAGAGCAAGUCUUGUAAAUAUAUGUCUAUGUGCUGAUGUCAUAACGGAGAGUUUUCUUACUGCCAGCAGAUGUUUUUUUCUGUUGGACUGAUGAAGGGAAACACAGUGAAGCUUAGAAUAAAGUCACAGGAGUCUGACGGCGCAGCUUCCAGGGAACAGAAAUAAAGACAAACCACAACGUGAAGGAAGUAUGAAGCUCAAAACAUCUUCGGUCUUGACACGGCUGUGACCCGAUCUUUCACAUGACCUGAUGAUAUUAAUGAAUGGUCACAGAUUAUGGUGAUUUUUAUUUAGUUAUUAGUAAAGGCUGCGGGACUGCCGUAGCGUCCUCUGAGAACCACAUCAUCUGAAGCGGUGCAAUAAAACUAACACUGAAAACCAUGUCAGAUCACUCUGAAGUGCUCAGGAGUCCACCGGGAGACUUUCAGGCAGUGAGAUGGACUGAAAUAUAAAGUGCAAGUAGACACUUAUUGGCUAUAAAUCUGCACAAAUCUGAGCGUUCAUAAAGAUCCGGAUACAGAAGGAUGAAUGGAUUUAGAUGACGUCUGGCAGCUUGGUGUUUCUUCACAGCGAAGCUAAAUAAAGUUUGGUUUGUCUUGUAACAAAUGAUUCUUAAUCUACAGAUAUUGUAUGUGUUCCAUAACCAUUUCUUUACAAUACAUAACUGAUGGAAAUGAAACAAA